AUGGAAACUAAAAUUGUUGAGGAAAUAUGGCCAACUGAACUAGGAGGAGCUCCCUACGGGCUAAGUGUUGUUGCUGUUUCGGCUGUGAUAUUUUACAUUUUGUCGCUGUUCACCCAAGUGUUGACCCCCUCAGGACUAGGAAAGAAAACUUCAUGGAAAUGGAAAAACAUAUCCAUUUCAUUUGUUCAUUCUGUUUUAAGUGGAACGUGGGCAUGUAUCUGCUUUUAUGUGAAGCCGGAAAUGGCGGAAGACUUAAUUUCCACCUACGACACGUUCGCUCACACGCUAAUAGCCGUUUCUGUAGGUUAUUUCAUCUACGACAUGUGGGACAUGUUUGUUAAUCAGAGAACCCGUCAAUCAUAUGAAUUGAUGGGACAUCAUAUUGUGAUAAUUGUGUGUUUUACCAUCGCUAUAGUAACAAGGAUAUAUGUGGGAUAUGCUACAGUGGCUCUGCUAAUUGAAAUCAACAGCAUCUUUCUUCAUCUCAGACAAUUGAUGCUUAUAUGUGGCAUCUCCAAAAACAACAGUUUUUAUAGAUUUAAUAGUGUUGUUAAUUUAGGUACAUUUAUUGUGUUUAGGAUCUCAGUGAUGGCCUGGAUGAGUCGCUGGAUGUUAAUUAACAAAGAUUUCAUUCCUCUCGUUUUCUACUCCCUCGGUAGUAUCGGACUUGCUGUUAUGACUGUCAUGAAUAUCAUCCUCUUCUAUCGGCUCUUACAAAGUGACUUUAUCCACAAAAAGGACAAAUGUAAACAGGAAGAGUAG